UCAUCACUACCUCUGCCAGCGCAAACGCUACCGCCUCCCGCUGUGGGAGAGCGAAGUUUGCUGGCUCGUGUCUCCCCUGCCCCUGUGACUCGGCUCCGGGAUCCUAAGUCCCGAGUGGGCCGCGGCGGCCUCGGAACAGACCUGGAGGCAGUCUGCACGGCCGCUAGAACCUGGCCAUGGAGCCCGGGGAGACGGGGAAGUUUCUGCCUCAUUGUGCUGCUCAAGAUACGGGACCAUCAGCCUUCACUAUGGUGCCUUCUCAACCCGGGGAAGCGGCGUGAAUAGGAAGCCUUGUGUCCCUGCUCACAAGAGUUUCAGGUUCCUGUGACCUUUGGUGACAUCACACUGUACUUGCUACAGGAGGAAUGGAUGAUGCUGAAUCAGCCCCAGAAGGACUUUUUUGCUUCAAACAAGCUGACAGCACCUCUAGGACCAACUGCUGCCAAUCCUGAGCUGUUCCAUGCAUUUGGGCAAGGGGCUGAGCCAUGGCUAGGCAACAUCCAGGGCCAGAUGUGUCUCCUGAACCAUCAUCCUGGAAAAACCCACAUGAACUACAUGGAAGAAAUAGAUGUGCCGGGUUCUGCCAGAGAGCAAGGACCAUACCUACCACCUCAAAAGAAAGCCUGCCUUACCCACUUCAGCACAGAGAACAGCACCAUCGAGGGAGACUGGACAGGAAGAAACAGCCCCCAAGACAAGAACCCCCGUUCUGUCCAGAAGUCGUGGUUCACACAGUUUCCAUGGUUGAUCAUGAAUGAGGAACAGACGGCUCUGUUUUGUGCUGUCUGCCGAGAAUACCCAUCUGGCAGGGACAGACGGUCAAGAUUAAUAGAAGGCUACACAGGACCAUUCAAGGUGGAAACUCUCAAAUAUCACGCCAAGAGCAAGGCCCACAUGCUCUGUAUCAACACCCUGGCCACCAAGGACCCCAUCUGGGCAGCCCACCUCCAGAGUCUCAGGGAGAGUUCCUCAGAUAUCCUGGCCAGCCCUGACCACCUCCUCACUGCAGACUGUCCCACGUUCUACCCUCCAGGGCCCCUGGGAGACUUUGAUGGCAUAGCCAAGCUCCUGUCAAGCCCGAGAGCUGAACUAGAGGACCCUCCAGGGAGUGGAGCCAUCCCUGCUUUGCAUCUAGACUGCAUGUCAGAUUUCUGGCAAAAAGAAAUUGGCAGUGACAUCCUCAAUCCCUCAAGUAGCAAUACUUUGUGUAAGGACACUACUGAAUUCUGCAGCCAGGGGCCUCCUGACAGCAGGCAGCUGAAGGAUCCCAGGAUGUUCGGGGAGCUCCCUGCAACGUUUGAGGAUGUGGCCGUGUACUUCACUCGGGAGGAGUGGGGCCUGCUGGACAAGCGGCAGAAGGAGCUCUACAGAGAUGUGAUGCAGAUGAACUACGAGCUGCUGGCUUCCCUGGAGCCACCUGCUGCCAAGCCAGACUUGAUCACAAGACUGAAACGGAGAGCCGCACCCUGGAUCAAGGACCCUAAUGGGCUAAAGCCGGGGAAAAGUCAAUCCCUAGGGAAAGAGAAGACGGUGGCAGUGAAAGAAGCCAACAUCCACACCCAGGCCUCAGCUGCAGCGUCCUUCUCGCUGCCAGCCUCCAUGGAGACGUGUGCCUCUCACUGUCCUCCCAGCAUGUGUGAAGGAGAAGUGGACGGACCUCAGAAAGUCAAGAGGACAUACAGGCCCCGUUCCAUUCAGAGGUCCUGGUUUGGGCAGUUCCCCUGGUUAGUAAUGGACUCCAAGGAGACCAAGCUGUUCUGCUCUGUUUGCAGAGAAAGACCAACUCUCCACGACAAGUCAUCCCGCUUAGUCCAGGGUUACGCUGGGCCUUUUAAGGUGGAGACUUUAAAAUACCAUGAAGUCAGUAAGGCACACAAACUGUGUGUCAACACCGUGGAGAUCAGAGGUGACAGCCCUCAGCCCACCCUCACUCCAGAGAUCUCCAGCGACCUCAUGGCCAACAUGGAGCACUUCUUCAAUGCUGCCUACUCCAUUGCCUACCACUCUAGGCCUCUGAAUGACUUCGAGAAGGUCUUGCAACUCCUCCAGAACACUGGCACCACGCUAUUAGGCAAGUACCGGAAUCGCACCGCGUGCACCCAGUUCAUCAAGUAUAUCUCUGAGACGCUGAAGAAGGAGAUCCUAAGAGACAUUCAGAACUCCCCGUGUAUGAGCCUGCUGCUGGACAGCUGCACAGACUCCUCCAACCAGGCCUGUGUGGGGAUAUACAUGCGCUACUUGAAGCAGAUGGAGGUGAAGGAAUCGUACAUCACCCUGGCCCCUCUCUCCAGUGAGACAGUAGAUGGGUACUUUGAGACCAUCAUUGCUGCCCUGGAUGAGCUGGAUAUCCCUUUCCGGAAGCCUGGCUGGGUGGUGGGUCUGGGGACUGAUGGUUCUGCCAUGCUGAGCUGCAAGGGAGGCCUCGUGGAAAAGUUCCGGGAGAUCAUCCCUCAGCUCCUGCCUGUGCACAGUGUGGCCCACCAGCUGCAUGUGGCUGUGAUGGAUGCUUGUGGGAGCAUUGAUCUGGUGAGGAAGUGCGAUCGGCACAUCCGGACCGUCUUCAAGUUUUAUCAGUCCUCAAAUAAGAGGCUCAGUGAGCUGCAGGGCGGUGCAGCUCUCCUGGAGCAAGAGAUCAUCCGUCUGAAGGACUUGAGCGCUAUCAGGUGGGUGGCCAGCAAAAGGCGCACUCUGAACGCGCUCAUCGUGAGCUGGCCUGCCCUGACUAGGCACCUUCAGAGUGUGGUGGAGGCUGGGGGCCAGGUUGGUCAGAGAGCCAGGGGCAUGCUGAAGCUGAUGAAGGGCUUCCAUUUCUUCAAGUUCUGUCACUUCCUUUUGGAUUUCCUGAGCAUCUACAGGCCUCUGUCGGAGGUAUGCCAGAAGGAGCUUGUGCUGGUCACAGAAGUGAAUUCUACCCUGGGGCACGCCUAUAUGGCACUGGAGAGUCUCCGCCAACAGGCGGGGCCUAAGGAAGAGGAGUUCAAUGCCAGUUUCCAGGACGGGCAGCUCCAUGGCAUCUUCCUGGACAGAGCGGAGAAUGCAGAGCAGUGGUUCCAGGCAGACAGGGAGAGAACCAUCCUGACUGGGGUCGAGUACCUCCGGCAGAGGUUUGAUGCAGACCGCCCCACACAGCUCAAGAGCAUGGAGGUGUUAGACACCAUGGCCUGGCCUAGCGGGAUUGAACUGGCCUGCUUUGGGAACAGUGACGUUCUCAGCCUGGCCAGGUCUUUUGACCUUUCCCUCCCCGUGGGGUACAGUGAGGAAGCGCUGCUGGAGGAGUGGCUGAGCUUGAAAGCAGCGAACCAGAACCUUCCAUUCUCCAUGCUGUGUAAGAACGCCCUGACUCAGCACUGCCGAUUCCCUCUGCUGAGCAAGCUCCUGGCUGUGGUGGUCAGUGUGCCCCUCUCUACUUCCUGCUGUGAACGGGGAUUCAAGGCCAUGAACAGGAUCAGGACUGAUGAGAGGACCAAGCUCUCCAAUGAGGUGCUCAACACACUCAUGAUGACAGCCCUGAAUGGCGUGGCAGUCACGGAGUAUGACCCCCAGCCAGCCAUCCAGCACUGGUACCUGACCUCUUCAGGACGACGCUUCAGCCACAUCGAUGCCUGUGCCCAGGUGCCUACCCGCUCCCAUGCCAAUACAGGACUCAGGAAGGAGGGGAUGGAAGCUCUCUGUAAGGAGGAACCCAUGGUCCAGAAGACAUCCAUCACAUCAUCUGGGGAGCCAUGAGGUUCAGAAGGAUCACAUGGUGAAGGUUCCUGGGCUCUAUACCUUCUCAAAGGCCCUGUGGUUCUGAAGAGUGGCCUAGACCGGGCUCUGGGGCACCCUUGAUCAUGGAGAGAGGCUCUUUGAAGAUUCUAGGCUGUCCUGGUAGGAUGGCUCAUGGGCCCAGGAUGUGGGCAGUGACAAAGGGUUGAAGCACACAUCCCCAAGGGACAGGGUCCUCAAGGCACAGCAGUGCCUCCCAGUGCCAAAGCAUACCAGAGAGGCACUUACCUCAGGUCUGUUUUUCCCAAAGAAAGAAUCCUGCCAUGAGAGAGUUCAUCCCACACAUUAUGGUGGCAAAGGACUUUCCUGAAGUAGGAGAGUGGGGUAGCAGGUGAAUACCCCAGCUCUCUACAUCCCUGGCACAAAUAGGAGGUGGCCUCUGAGGAAGGCCACUUUGGUGGUAGAAGUGACCAUGGUCCAGAGACCUUGGCCUGCUGCAGAAGCCCCCAGGAUUGGCCGCUCUGGACCACUGCAGAAGCUCAUGCGGUAGAAUCAAGGAGAAGCUUCCCCUCAAGGCCCGCCUUUAACACAAACAGACCAGCAUCCUUUGCACAGCGCACCUGAGGAGGGUGCUGUCAUCACAGCUCCUACACAGUGAGACAUGCUUCCUCUGAAGGGAGCCUGGUGUUCCCUCCCCACCCCUGAACCCUGGGCUUGGCUGCUGUGGUACCAGGCAGUUUCCUGAGGAGUGCAGGAGACGUGGGAGUUGGGAGGUGUGGAAUCCCGGCCAGCUCUUCUACAGACAAUGUGCCUAUGAUCAGUCGCUUCCUCUUCUGUGCCUCAGUUUCACUCCUCAUGUGGUGUUUGCCACAGAGAACCCAAGUGCCUGUUGGCUCCCUGUAGCUAUGGCAGUAAUGGGAGCCUCAAAUCCUGGCAAGAGGGGCCUGUCUAGAGCACUUAGCUGCUCCUACCCUGCCGUGUCCUUAGCAGUAAAGGCAUCAGCUUUGCCACUAGAGUCCUGUGUGAAGGCGGAAGUGCUGUCCACACAUGCUGUCCACAGGACAGGUGCACCCGUCCUUCUGCAGAAUGCACCAGGGCUUGUCAAACGUGCCCCAUCCUGGACGAGUAGAACCUUGCUCCCCAACCCAGCUCAGCCGCUGUAGUUUCUCACAAGCUUCCCCAGGACCUUCAUGGGUGUUCUCUGGAUUAAAAGCCACUUCCCCUCUCAUAGAAGGGCCGCCAGUAAAACUGCCUUUGGGCCCUCUCACAUUUCCCUUCUACUGUGAAUCCCAGGGCAGACUGGCUUUGCAGGCUCAGUGGUUGUCUGUUUGGUUAGCAUGAUCUGUCUAGGUUCUGCCUUUAGCUCCAGGUUGGAGAAUUGCCUAAUGGAAGAGCACCUGCUCCUUUGAAGUGGGCAGGAACCUUGCUUGCUGCCUGUCUGCUCCCUGCCCUGUGUCAUGAGCACAGAGCCUCUGACCAUGCCACCGCCCACUCCUUCCAGCAGGAGCCGAACACCCCAGCAAUGCUGCACCCAGGUGCCUCGGCACUGUGCAGACCCCAUGGCUCUCAGCCUCAGCACUUAGCCUGGGUGUGCGGUGUACGGUUUUCCACUCAAGAAAAUCUCCCAUCCAUCCAGCCUGGGGGCUUGGGGGCAGGGGGCAGGCAGGCCUUUGGCUCCAGGUCCAGGAGAUGGGCAGGCCAAGUCUUUUCCGGGUCCAGGGGUUUACCAGGUCAGGAUUGAGGCAUAGGUCUCCAUCCACACGGCUCACCUUUUCCGUAGCAUCUUUCCUUUAAAAAUCCCCUCAGCACACGGCGGUGGUGGCGCACACCUUUAAUCCCAGCACUCGGGAGGCGGAGGUAGGCGGAUCUCAGUGGUUUCGAGGCCAGCCUGGUCUACAAAGCAAGUUCCAGGAACAUCCAGAACUGUUACACCGAGAAACCCUAUCUCAAACAAACAAACAAACCAAAAAUCCCCUCAGCAAGACAGCCGUCCUGCGAGUAAUGUAGGCAUGGUUUCUGGAUGAGGUUUGGGGAGCUGAGGUGGCUACCAGGUGGAGAAGCACCCUGUCCUCUUCACACCAGUACCCUGAGGUCACCUCCUGGUGUUUUCUUCAGAUAGAAAAGGGGGCUCCUUGGAGCAGGGUGUUCUAGGCUAAGUCUCCCCAGCAGCACUGGGUGGCCGUCACGCAGAGAGCAGGCUGAUGGGUGUUUGCUUACUCAAGGUCUUGACCAGAGAAGGUAACCCCAGUGCCGCUUUGCCGGCUCAAGACAAGAAGCAAUAUCCUUGUGUAGUCCUCAAGGUGGACGUGCUCACCUUGCAGCCUUUGUGCUCAGGCUGGUCCUGCGUUGCUCUUAGGGGUGGCUGCAUUUCCCUGGGAGCAUCCUGGUUUUGCCUCAGGGGAAAACAAGUCAAAGGGCAUGGUGAGGAAGAGGAGGCACUGCCCCUUCGACCUGAGCCCUGGCCUCCCCCUCCUCUCUUGCCUUUUCACAUGCUUGGCACCCCAGCCCACGCUAGCUGUCUGUCUGUCUCUAUGUCGAUGAGGCUGGCCUUGAACUCAUAGAGAUCUGUGCCUCUGGCUCCUGCCUGUUCUCUGGACAGCAUCUCCUGUGUUUCCUGGCACUCACCCGCCGUCCCCUGAUAGCUGGUGCCUACUGGGUCUGCUAUUCCAAAUAGCCAGCAUUGUACUCAGCACUUUGAUGUCAGUAGCCACAGAGACUCGGGGAGUAAGGACGCUCAGCCCCUGGCCGGCUGAACACAGUAGAGUGCAGCCACCUCCAGACCUUGGACCACAAAGGGCAAGUCCCUAGAGUGCUAAGUGUGGUCAGGACUGUGGCGGUCACAGGUUCCCUCAGGCUGGCAUCUGUGUAGCCAGGAACAAGGAUGACCGGUCUGGGAUGCUCUGGGCUCCUGCUUUCAAGGAUGUGCAUAUUAGGUUAAAAAACCGUGUUCAAGUCUUAGCUUUUGUUAUUUGAAUAAAGCAGACUUGGACUUGUU